CCCAGCUGCCGAAGUCUCAGGAGACAGAAAGGGGUUUGGUCCCUUAACAGCAAUGACUUGGGUGCUUUAAAAUAUCAACUGUAAUAUAAACUUUAACUGAAAGCGAACUCUGCUUCCGUCUGUUCAUUGGCGAAGUUGACAACUGCUAUACCCACAAAGAUAAUAUUAUCUGCUAUUUUUUAUUUAUUUAUUUAUUUAUUUUACUGCUGAAACUGACAUACCAGUAUUCAGAAACUGAUAAAGUUACAAGAGAAAAAAAAUGAAACUGGAAGUUUUCUACGGGAGCAGUACUGAGGAGAAGCCCUUGGAAGUGUGCAGCGAUGCUGAGGUCAGUAUCCCUUCUCCGCUUUCCGGCGAAGAAGAGCUAGGUUCAGAUGGGGACUGCGUAGCAAAUAGCCCUGCACCUGUUAACGCGGCCGCUGAUGGUAAGGGCAAGACCUACACCAGGAGACCCAAACCACCAUAUUCCUACAUCGCACUGAUCGCCAUGGCAAUUAGAGACUCUACAACUGGACGUCUCACUCUGGCUGAGAUCAACGACUACCUGAUGAAGAAAUUCCCCUUUUUUAGAGGAAGUUAUACCGGCUGGAGGAACUCGGUACGCCACAACCUGUCUCUGAACGACUGCUUUCUGAAAGUGCUUCGGGACCCUUCCAGACCAUGGGGCAAGGACAACUACUGGAUGCUGAACCCAAACAGCGAGUACACCUUUGCCGAUGGGGUAUUCCGGCGCAGGAGGAAGCGAAUCAACAAAAAAACUGCGAAAGACCCGGAGGGUAUAGAUCAUCCUGUCAAUGAGGAGCUACCCAGUUCCAUCGCCACUGCCUCAGUUGUUAAAGAUGACAGAGCAGGGACCAAGUUUUCAAGCUCCUUUGCUAUUGAUAGCAUCUUGAGCAGGCCCUUCAAGAGAAAAGAGGACAUCCAGCCAGAGCCUUGCAGUGGCAGAGAUUUGUGGCCAAAUAGCAGCCCCUUGAUGCCUUAUCUUGUGUCAUAUCCACCUGCUGCUGUAGCUCACAUUCAGCCGGUGUUUACAAUCAACCCCCGUGCCUCGCAUUUGCUGCAGGCGUACAGGUAUGGCUUAUCAGACCCAGUCCUUGGAGCAGACCAUCUUGUUAAUUAUUUGGCAGCAGACGGCAUGCCCAACUCCGAGGUUUACCCUGCCAUCCGAAUACCAACUGCUGUGCGAGCGUCAACCAGCAGCUGCCACUCAUUCAAAAUUGACUCUUUGCUUGGAUGAGAGGGAUGGAGGAGACAAAGGAAGCAUUUUUCCUGAGCACUUUCUUAAAGACUAUACUGUACUGUGUUUGAUAACUAAAUGCAUCUCAUUGCAUUGACUUGAGGUUUGACAAUCAGUCGCUUGAGACUGAGAACGUAACAUGUUUUUGGUAUUUUGUUAUUGUUUGACAACCAGUUUUUCUGGUCACUACAAAUUAUGGAUGAAACAAGUUCAGGUAUAUUAUAAUAAGUUAUAGUUUUGUUUUGUUUUGUUUUUUUUAACACAGACCUUUGUAUGUGUUUGACAGAUUAUUUUGGUAAUUUCUGCUGCAAACGAUGGCAUGAUUGUGCCAAAAUUUAGAAAACGCUGAUUAUUUUUUAUUAUUAUUAUUAUUAUUAUUAUUAUUAUUAUUAUUAUUAUUAUUAUUAUUAUUAAUGCUAUUAUUAUUUAUGUAUGUAUUAUUGCAAGCAAUGUUUUUUUUUUUUUUUUGUAUGACGGGCUGCAGCGUUUUGUGGUUUAAGUAAAGGCUGAUGUUAAUAGUGACUAAGCUCGAAUCGAGCUAUAGAGUUGUACACAAUUUGUACUGUUUCAGAAAGUGACCACUGCCAAUGUAAUCCAGGCGAUUAUUGUGUAUAUUUUCUUAAAAUGAUACAUUAAUGUUAUUUUUUAAUAAAAUCUUUUACUAAACAAGUAUAGUGUGAAAUGC